AUGUUUAUUGGCCAAGUCGACAUGGCUGAGAGGGCCUGCGGCUUUCGCUGGCCAGAGGAGGUGAAGCUGAACAAGCUAGGGCAGCACCUUGUCGGGAAGCCUGGAAGGUUCUUCCGUGAGCAGGCGAACACGUGGUGGACGAUCUGCCCGUUCCUGUUCUACGCAUUGGAGCAGAUGAACGCGAAGUUCAUGGUACGCUUGUCCAUGCAAAACGCGGCCGUAAUGUUCACGGCGCCCAAGGACUCGGGCCGGUCGUGGAACGACCACUUUCUCUAUCUGACUGCUCUGAUGCGAGCAACGGACGCUUCGCCGGCGAUGGUCCUGCAGAACAUCAUUCGCCACGCGUCGCCGAGAUUCAGCCCGACCCUGCUUGGAAGGUACGAUGAGACUCGGCCGGACCUGAUGCUGCAUGCUCAAGAGUUAGUGCAGUUUGCGCAACGUUUUGAUACGGACGCCAUGAACCAGAAGGAAGCCGGGAAGGUGCUACAACUGCGGGAAGACUGGGCACAUUGCCCGCAUGUGCCCACACCCAAAGCGUCAAAAGAAGACUGA